UCCUAAUCCUAAUGGGAAAUAAAUAGCACUAUUCUAUUUUCAAAAGGAGUUCUUUAUUCAAAAUUUCCUUUUCUCUCGCCCUUUCCCUCCAGUUGGAUCCCGGAAUCAGAACAGUAUUUCUCAAUUCUGAACUCUUAGGGUUGAAGCUUUGACGCACCAGCUGUCCUCAGGCUGUGAUUGCCACAAAAUUGUAGUAUGAGAUAUUGAUACUUAGUCACCAGCAGUUCAACCGGUGUAGUAAAGACAAUGAAUCAACUUCUGGAUGACUUAUUUGCCAAAAGGGGAUCAACAAGGGAGAAAGCACUGUCUUUGAUAACUGAGGACUUUACCAUCAACUAUCGCCAUCAGUUUUCCCAAAAGAAUUUUGCUACUUUACUGUACCGAUUUUUAUAUUCCCUCAAGAAGGGGUCUGCCCAAGAGAUUGCUUUAGCUUCUCAUGCACUUGGAUUGCUGGCUGUCACAAUAGGUUGUGGGGAUAAUGCUCAUGAACUUUACAAAGAGUCACUUCCCUUGAUCUCAAAAGCUCUCAAAUCCAGGACUGAAUCUAUGUUGUUAUCUAUCAUUGACUGUUUGGCUGUUGCGACGUUCGUUGGUGGAAGUGAUUUUGAGGAGACAGAAACAUCCAUGCAGAUAUUGUGGCAAUUCAUUCACCUAGUACGCAGUGAUAAUGUUGCAGCCAAGAAGCAUUCAUCAGCUGCUCUUUCUGCUGCUAUUUCUGCUUGGUCGCUUCUUCUCACGACCGUAGAUGGCUGGAACAUUAAUUACAAAUACUGGAAAGGAGCAAUUUCUGUCUUUCUGGAUGUUCUACAAGUGGACGAUCCAUCUGUUCGUAUCGCAGCUGGUGAAGCACUAGCUUUAAUAUGUGAAGUGGGAUUUCUUGAGAAAUUUGUGUUUGAUACCAACAGUGCAGAUAUUGGUACAAAUGAAAAGGAAAACGACUUGUUAAAACAAUAUUCGUCUAUGAAGGAGUUGCAAGAGAAAAUAUCCAGUCAUGUCAGGAGUCAUUUUCAACAAACUGCCAAGAGUUCAGUCUGUAAUUCUCUCAAUGAGCAACACAAAUUUUCCUUGAAUCUUUUGAAUGUCCUAGAGGAUGGCUGUUUUCGUGAGACUGCAUUGAAGAUUGGUAAACAAAGUUUAAAGUUAAAUUCAUGGUCCCAGUUGCUGCAGGCUAACUUUCUGAAACAAUUUUUGAGACGUGGAUUUGUGAAACACAUGCUGGAAAAUGAGUUUCUUCAUGAUGUUUUCAACUUCACAUCGAGAAAACAAACUUCAGGGAAUGAACUUUAUGUAUCUGAAAGAGAGGAGGUCACUCUUAAGAUUUUCGUGCCUGAAAACAGAACAAGAGAUGAUGAAGAUUUUCCUCAGAAAACUCAAAGGGCACCCACCUCUGCUUUCCGCAAGGCAAAGACUCAAUUAUUAAACAAGCAGCGUGUUGCAAAAGAUAAAGAGCUUUGGCCAACCGAUGAUUAAUAUUGGGAAUGUUAGCAGCAGCAAUGAUUGGGUAGAAGUAAUUGCUUCUAUUAGCAUGUGCUAAAUUUUUCGGAAGGUUUACUCUCGUUCAAUCAAAUCCUCCACUUUAUUUAUUUAUUUCCUUAUUUAGUAAAUUUAAUCUAGUUUCAUUUUCUUAGUAUAGGACAUGUUAUGUCAAUUUUUCAUAAGGAAACAUUAUGGUAGGCAUUGACAGAGUAGAUUAUUGCAGGUAGUUUUAAUUUUCCUAUUCUAAUUAUUUGUAACCCGAAAAAUGGGGUCAUUUACUUAGUAAUAUUAAAAAACAGAGUUAUACAAAUACUCUAUUCUUCU